AGGUAUGUACUGUACGUUAAACACAUUCAGAUGAUCCAGUAUAUACAUAUGUAGCACGUAUCUUAUCUUACUUUUGCAUCUUUCUUGGUUAACAACUAUUACCUACUUUCCCAUCUUGCCCACUCAAGAGUCUUAACAAGAAUCUUAAGUCCACUACUCGCUUACUUUCUUCCAUUCUCUAUUUAUUAUAUGCUAAGUCAAGCCCUGGGCGCAUGGGUGUAUUGGAUAUAUUAUAUAUCCAUCAGUUCGGUCUCAUCGUAGCCAACUUCUUCCCAUCACAUACUAGUUUCCCACGAUGGAUACCACGGUAGACCUUGGCAGGCGCAUCGUUCAGAUGUUCUGGGAUCCCGAACCUACCAACGAUGUCAUCCGCGACCAGCCAGUGUGGUGUCUCGGAUCUUCCUACAAGCUAAAUAACAACCCGAGUCCCAAACACGACUCAUCUUCGUCCUCCGAACCACCUCCCAAGGAUUCCAUUCAAGCUCCCGCCAGACUACCCGAGACGCCUCCAGACUCCACCUCCAGCAGCCUUGAUUCAUCACUAGCCUAUGAUGAAGCACCUCUAGAUGGGGGCUGGCCUCCUGCUUUUCUCGACGAUUUCGAAUCAAGACUAUGGAUGACUUAUCGAUCCGAGUUCGACCCCAUAGCUAAGUCGCAAGACCCGAGGGCCCUCUCCGCUCUGUCAUUCUCAAUGCGCCUCAAAAGUCAAUUAAGUGAUCAAACCGGUUUUGCCUCUGAUAGUGGGUGGGGUUGCAUGAUCAGGUCUGGCCAGAGCUUAUUAGCCAACGCUAUGCUCGUGCACCGAAUCGGCCGAGGAUGGCGAAGGGGCACAUCAACCUUAGAGGAGAAGAAGAUUGUAUCCCUAUUCGCGGAUGAUGCUCGGGCGCCUUAUUCAAUACACAACUUUGUGCGCCACGGUGCUUCCGCGUGUGGGAAAUAUCCUGGUGAAUGGUUUGGUCCUUCAGCCACCGCAAGAUGUAUUCAGGCAUUGACCAAUGCGAACGAGCCGACGCUACGCGUCUAUUCAACAGGGGAUGGGCCGGACGUAUACGAAGACAACUUCAUGAAAAUCGCUCGGCCAGAUGGAACAACCUUUCACCCAACAGUUAUCCUAGUGGGCACGCGCCUCGGCAUCGACAAGAUUACACCAGUGUAUUGGGAAGCCCUUGCCGCAUCUUUACAGAUGCCCCAAUCGAUCGGUAUCGCAGGUGGACGCCCAUCAUCAUCGCAUUAUUUCAUUGGAGUCCAGGGCCUAUGUUUCUUCUACCUCGAUCCACACUACACGCGGCCUGCUUUGCCUUAUCACGAAGACCCCAGCGAAUAUACCCAAGAAGAGGUUGACACCUGCCAUACACGAAAGCUACGACGACUACACGUCAAGGAAAUGGACCCCAGCAUGCUCAUCGGAUUUCUUAUUCAUGACGAAGAAGAUUGGAGGGAUUGGCGUAGAGGCGUCAAACAUGUGCAAGGGAAGGCCAUCAUUCAUGUGUCAGAUCACGACCCGAUUGCACAGUUAAAUGAGUCGGGAGGGGCCAUCGAUGGGGUUGAGACCCUAAGUGAUGAUGACGAUGAUGACACAACUUUGGAAGAAUAAUUAAAUGGCAGGCGCAACGUUUUGUCGGUCUGGUGUAUUAAGGGAAUACCACUAGGUAUACUGAAUUUUAGCAAGCACCAACAUGCAGCUAGUUUCUCAA